AUGGCUGUGUCUCCCGAAGAGUUUAGGAGAGUGUCUAUGUGUGAAACUACUAAAGAGGUAUGGGACUUAUUAGAGACCACGCACGAGGGAACCAAAACUGUUAAAAACUCCAAACUGCAGAUGUUGGCCUCUUGGUUUGGAGAAAUUAGAAUGAAGGAAGAUGAAUGGUUUGAUGAAUUCUACGCCAAGUUGAAAGACAUAAUUAACUCUAGUUUUAACCUAGGUGAAAAAAUUCUAGAAACCAAAAUUGUUCGAAAAGUUCUUAGAUCCCUACUUGAAAGAUUUAGACCCAAGGUUACUGUAAUUGAAGAGAGUAAAGAUUUAGAUAAAGUUAAGAUAGAAGAACUGGUAGAAUCUCUUCAAACCUAUGAACUCACCAUAUCACAACCAAAGAAAAGCAAGUCCAUAGCAUUAAACACUAUUAAGGAAAAUGAGUCUGAAUCUACUGAUGCUGAGACACUAAGGGAUGACGAGAUAGCUUACUUUGUUGAGAAAUUUCAAAAAGUCCUUAGGAACAAGAAAAAAUAUCCAGAAUGGAAGAAGGGUGUCCCUAGCAAAUUCAGAAAGACAAGAGGAUUUGGUCACUAUAAAAAUGAGUGUCCUCAUUAUAGGAAGAACUUGAAUAAAGGAAGGGGUAAGGCUUUGGUAGUGUCACUAACAGAUGAUGAAUUCAAUUCUAGUGAGCAAAGUGAUUCCUCCAGCAGUGAAAAUGAAAGGAACUACAUGGCUUUCGUGUCUAGAGUUAAGAGUGAAUCAGAUAAGGAAAGUGAGAAAGCUGAGGAAGAGAAACAUAGUGAAAACUCUGAGGAAGAAUCUGAAGAUGAGAUUGAUAUUCAUGAGACCUAUCAAUUACUAUUUAAGGAGAGCCUCAAGAUUAAGAGAGUCAAUAAAGCCAUGCUGAAGAAGGUAGAUGAACUUGAAAGAAAGAAAGAGAGACUCGCGGGUGAUCUUCAGGACUCUUCCAAAAAUCUUAGUGAGUUGAGGUGUGUCAAUGAGAAAUUAGAAGUUAAGGUUAGGACUUUAACAAGUGAUCUUGAGAAAUCCAAUACUCAACUCCAGUCUUUCUUAAGUGGGACUAAGAAACUUGAUAACCUGUUAGGGAUGAAUAAACUAGCUGGAAAUAGGCAAGGCCUAGGAUAUAUUAAACAUGAUAACAAUGCUGCUAGUUCUUCCAAGACUACUUUCGUCUUGGCCUCCAACAUAUCUAGUAACAUUACCAAUCUUGAACCUGAGAAUAAAAGUGUUUUAGGACAGAGGACUUCUAGAAUACAUAGGACCACCACGCCUAAAAAUCGAUUUCAACAAUCAUGUGGUUUUGAACUAAGGUUUAUUCCUACUUGUCAUAACUGUGGUGUUUUAGGACACACGAGGCCUAGGUGUCAUAAGCUUAUGAAUAUCGGUAGAAGUAAGGAUAUUCAUAGCCAAGUAAACUUCCUUUCCAAUCUGGUUAGUCACUUAAUUGAGAUGAUGACAAAAUUGACUAUGAUUACCUCAACUUCAAGGAAGGUCUAG